AAAGUCCGUGAACCAGGUAGACCAGGUAGCCAGGUGUCCAGUGCUUGGAGUUCAGUCUCUGGUAUCCGGAAGAACGUGCGAACGGUGUUUGGAAGAUUCUUGUAUUUGUUUAAUUGGAGUUGGAGAUGGCGCAGUGGAUGACCUUCGUCCUCUUCGUCGUGGCGGCGGUGGUCGCGGUGGCGGAGUCCAGAGCUAUCCCUGCUGAACCUAUUUCAGUAAUGCUAGAUCCAUACGGGAACCCGAUAGUCUUCCUCCGCGAGAAGAGGACAGCGGUGCACCCCUACCCCCAUAGAGCCAUGAUGUUCACCGGCUACUACCGACCCGUACGUCGGUCGAGUCACGGUGGCCAGGCGACAGGUGUGUUCGCUCAAGGCAACGCCGUGAGCGGAGAAGCCUUCUUCGGUGGCAUGCAGGCGCCACAUUUGAAGAACGGCCCAGAACCGAUCGAGGAACCGGAAGUCUCUAGCGCGGAGGCUGAAGCUGCGCCAGAGCCGGAGCAUCCUUAUAGCCAGGAUGAGCAGACUCAGGAGCAGGAGUACCAGCCGGAGGAACAGGUUCAUCAGCAUCAGCAGGAGGAACAGUAUCCGCAGGAGGAAGUGCAGGAGGAGCAGCAUAAGCAACACUUGCCUCCUCAGAAUGAGCAACCAGAGCCAGAAGCAGCCCCAACGCUGAGCACAGAAGCCUCUCCAGUGACCCUAGCGGAGGAGUCCCACCCCAGCAUCGAAGUGACGACCACUCGCCCAAAGGUUCAGCACGGGAAGAAGACGAAGAAGACGCAAGUUGUGGUCGAAGAAGACGACGACGACGACGAAGAGUACGACGACGAGCCAGUGGUGCCUUUCGUGCCUUUCAAGGGAAAUCGUCGCCGCCAGAAUUAUCCGAACUUGAAUAACUUCUUCCCGAUGGUGUUCAGUUUUCCUGGAGCCUCUUCCAGAUCUGGAGCCCCUGGAUCUCCCCCUGGAGCAGUGACCGCGAUCGCUAACAGUUACAGCACUGGGAAAGGAGGCGUCGCUAACUCGGUCGCGACUGCUUAUGGAGGAUCCCAUAAUGGGAAGAAGAAACCUGCACCGACGCCUGAGGAAUAGAGCCCCUCGAUACCGUUAAAUAUUCCGCGCGAUAUUAAUAUGCAGACAGGAUAGACAGACACUUUUAAUCGGUUCAAAGACGACCGAAGAGUGGUGGAUUUGUAAUCUGAUGUCUUCCUGUUUCGUGCCAACCCUUUACGAUCACUAUGUCUUACGAACGAUAAAAUUAGUAUUUAACAGUAAGUUAUAGCAGCUUUGUUCAAGCUUCUAAAACGAUAAAUUUAAUCGUUGAAAUCGAGAUUGGUCUUAGAGUAUCUUUUCUUUAUAGUUGUAUUUAGGUAUCGGUAGAUUUAGCUAGUAAUAAGUGUAAGAGUUUAAUCGUAAAACGGACAAGUGCAAUAUUAAGUCGAUCGUUCAAAGGGUUCGCAUUACUGCCAUCGAUCGACACUGAUCACGCGAUUGUAUAGUUCGCAGAUCUACGCGAUUACGAGUUAGAAUAGUUCGAACCUAGCCGAGAGGCAGCGAUACUUUUCGAUUGUUACUGAACCUUAGGAUUUCCUGAAUAAAAACAAUCGAUCUGA